AUGGCGUCUACUCCUUCCACCACUUCGAUCGAGAAGGCCGGCGCCUACACGCCUGACAAGGCCAACGCCGACCCCGAGCUCAAGGUCUCGUCCCAGGCCAUUCCCGACACCCCCCAUGGCAUGAGCGAGGAGGAGCUUGCCGACUAUGAGAUCAGCCCCGCCGAGCACCGCAAGCUGCUGCGCACGCUCGACCUUCACAUCGCGCCCGUCGUGAUGGGCCUGUACCUCAUUGCCUUCCUUGACCGCGCCAACAUUGGUAACGCUGCUGUCGGAGGCAUGACCACCGACCUCAACUUCCCUGCCAACGGUCUCUCCGUUGCCACUUCCAUCUUCUACGUCACCUAUGUCUGUCUCGAGACCCCGGCCACCAUCCUGCUCCGUACUCUCCGUCCCUCGCGCAUGAUCCCCACCACUGUCGUCAUCUGGGGUGCGGUUGUCAUCGGUAACGGCUUUGCGAACAACUACGCCACUGUCCUGGUCUGCCGUCUGCUCCUCGGCGCUUGCGAGGCUGCCCUCAGCCCCUGCUUGUUCCUCUACAUGACGACAUUCUACCAGCGCGAGGAGCUUGCUCUCCGCAUGUGUUACCUCUUCAUCUCGAGUGCCAUCUCGGGCAUCGUUGGUGGCCUCAUCGCUGCUGGUCUCCUCAAGAUGGACGGCAUCGCCAACCUCGCAGGCUGGCGUUGGCUUUACAUCAUCGAGGGUAUCAUCACCGUCCUCGUCGGCUUUGUCGUCUUCUUCACCAUGUACGACAGGUUCGAGGACGCCAAGUACCUCACCGACCGCCAAAUGUUCCUCAUGCACGUCCGCCAGGCCAAGUCGGCUUCCUACUCCAAGGACGAGGGCUUCAGCUGGGUCGAGGUCCGCAAGGCUCUCACCGACCCCGUCAUCUACCUCUCGGGCUUCAUCCAGAUGUGCAUCGACGUCUGCCUCUACGGCUUCGCCACCUUCCUGGUCGUCAUUGUCAACCAAAUGGGCUUUGACAAGAUUGCUUCGCAGGGUCUUACCGCCCCCGUCUACUUUGUCGCAGCCAUGGUCUAUCUCAUUGGUGCCCUCAUCUCGGACCGCUACUCGAUGCGAUACUGGCUCAUCUUCCCGCUCAGCUUCGUCACGACGCUGGGCUACAUCCUCCUCAUCAUCCCAGUCCACAGCGUCGCAGUCAACCUCCUUGGAUGCUUCUUCGCCGCUGUGGGUAUCUACAUCGCCGUCGGUCUCCACAUCACUUGGCUCGGCCAGAACAUUGCCGGCUAUCGCAAGCGCUCGACGUCGGUCGGUAUGCAGCAGACCAUGGGUAACAUUGGCGGUGUCAUUGCUGGCCAGAUCUACCGCACCAAGGACAAGCCGCACUACACCCUCGGCCACGCCGCCUCGCUCGGCUUCUGGGUCGUUGGCAUGAUCGCCCUCACUGUCGAGUAUCUCAUCUGGCGCAACCGCAACGCUGCGCGCGACAGGAUGACCGAGGAGGAGAAGCAGGCUCAGGACGACGCCGGUGUCACGGGCGACCACCACCACUCGUUCCGCUACGUCCUGUAA